GAGUUUCCAAGUGCACGAGAUGGAAUAGAAGCUUCACGUGUCAAUUCCCAGACCUGCAAAACGCCAAGAAGAAAAUGGGAUAAAUUAAAACCAGACUUAAUUGAUUAAAAUGGUGCAGGGUAAACACAGUUGAGGACUUGUGUUUGCGUAAACCUCGCCGUGCGCGUUUGGAUUAUUUCGAGGUGUUCUUUGGAUAAAACACGUUGGAGACAACGGCAGAGGAGAAUCGUCCGUGACUCCUCAGCGUGGAUAUUCCUUUCCAGGGGAUACAGUAAAUAAUGUAUCCCUUCUGGUUGACGGACGUCUCCGGCCUAAAAGCCCCGUGAGUGAUGUUAUCGGUGCACCACUGCAACUGCUCAUCGGGCCCCCUCAUCGGACCUCCGUCGCUCCAGCUGACAGCAGCAGGAGGAGGAGGAGAAGAGGAGGACAGGGCGGCCAUGUCCGCCCUCUCCACAGAUCACCACCAGGGCACCAUCAACAUCACCCUGGAUAACAAGCCCCCGGCCAGUGGCAUCAUCGUGGCCGGUCUCUCCAUGACGCUCGGCGUCCUCUCCAACAUUGUGGCGCUCAUCAUCCUGGCCAACGCCACCAAGCACGUGCGCCGGCGCUCCAAGGCCACCUUCCUGCUCUUCGCCACCUCCCUGGUGGCCACCGACUUCGCCGGCCACAUCAUCCCCGGCGCCCUGGUGCUGCGGCUCUACUUGGCGGGCGGCGCCUAUCCGCAGGACUACGACUCGUCCGACCCGCUGUGCCAGUUCCUGGGCGGCAGCAUGGUGUUUUUCGGACUCUGCCCGCUGUUCCUGGGCUGCGCCAUGGCUGCCGAGCGCUGCCUGGGCGUGACGCAGCCUCUGUUGCAUGCGCGCCUGGUCAGCACCACGCGCACCAAGUUGUCCCUCUCGGCGGUGUGGUUGGCGGCAUUGUGCGUGGCCCUACUACCCUGCUUUCAGCUGGGCUCGUAUAAGUACCAGCACCCGGGCACGUGGUGCUUCAUCAACGUCUUUGAGGACACGCGGCAGGCCGAUGUGGCGUUCGUGAUGCUGUUCUCGGGCCUGGGGCUGGCGUCGCUGGCGGUGGCGUUUGUGUGCAACACCAUCAGCGGGCUGACCCUGGUGCGGGCGCGGGUGCGGAGGAAUUCGUCAUACAUGGGCCACCACCGGCGCACGUCGGCCAAGUCGCACGACAUCGAGAUGGUGGUGCAGCUGGUGGGGAUCAUGGUCACUUCCUGUAUAUGCUGGAGCCCCCUGCUGAUCUUCGGGCUGAUGACGGUGACCCACUCGUACGGCGACCGCAUCGGCGACGACCUGGCCACCUACCGCACGCUGAUGAUCAUGGGCGUCCGCCUGGCCUCCUGGAACCAGAUCCUGGACCCCUGGGUCUACAUCCUGCUGCGCCGCGCCGUGCUGCGCAAGAUCUACAUCAUCACCAAACGGCAGGCCGACCUCAAGGCCAGCACGCUGCGGCGCUGGGAGAUCGGCUCCUUCCCCAGUUCCGAGAAGACCGCCGCCACCGCCGUCAAGAAGGUCUGAGACAGCCAUGCGAAAACACAGAAACAAGCAAGCAAACAAGUGUUUGUGGCCCAAAGCAGCUCAAAGUGGACCGCCAUCAAUAAGGUCUGAUGCAGGACUGGACCUGGGACAAAAAAAAAUCAG